AUUGUAAAAUGAUUUGGCAGAUAGCGAGUAUAAUUCUCUGUGUCAGUGUGGUUACCAAUGUUAACGGAGAAAGACAUGGACGUUUUAAGCAAUCCUUUUGUGCAGAAAUCAACGGAAUCAACUGUUUACCUUUUCCACAAAACACUGUUGAAAAACCAAGUCAGUGGCCAGCCGGACCAUUUGUUCUACCAAUGUCCAUAUAUGGAUGUCCAGAGUCGCAUGCUCAUGGUUGGAGAGAGGGAUACAUUUCUUUGACUUUCCAUGAAACAAUUCAAGUGUACACUUCUAGAGGAAAUACAAGUCUUUAUGAUUAUAAUCUACUAAUGGUUGAUAUAAAUUGGCCGUUUUCUACGUCAUACGUGAUGGGUCCGUUAAGUGGUAAAACAAUUAAACUCAACUUCUGCUAUAAGCAAAGAAAAUCAAAGACGUUAGAUGUAGAUGACUGGUUUCAAGGAAAUUACAGUAUUUAUUCAGCAGAUGGUACAUGUCAAAAAGCCAUUCUUCAAUUGCAUCUGUGCUCACACUUACAAGAAGGAGAUAUAGAUGUUAAAUCAACUUAUAAAGCACAUCCAUUUAUAUUACUUAAGAACAGUGACAAUGAAUGUCCGCAAUUUUUUGAGGAAGAAACACUGGGUUUAGGCACAAAUCUGAGCUUGGAAACCUCCGUUUUACAGACGUACUGUAAUUUCUAUCCAGACAGCUGGUUAACAGUUGAUGAAGACAAAUUAUUUGAAGCUCUAAUAGCCGGUGGUAUGUAA